GACGAGCUGAGAGAACAGGCGCAGCUCAGACAGCUCCAAGAUGCCAUCACGAGACUCACCCUCGAAAAGGAGAGCGCCGAGAGAGAAGCGAUCAAGGCCAGACAGCAAAUUGAAGACUUGAAGCAUCUACUAAAUUCCGACAUGGAGGAAAUCGCCAAGGACACGGAGUCUCUUGGCGCAGAAAUGAAGAGGCUCAAAGAAGAGAACAAUCUCUUGAGAGAAGAGCUCAACGAUGCGCAGUCGCACAUCUUCAGCCUGCAGCCGUAUCGUAAGGACCUCACCCCAGAGGAAGUAGGACGGCAAUAUGAUGAUCUAGUUGAGUCAGUUCAAGACUGGGUUCAGAAAUUCAUGGGCUUUUGGCUAGAUGACUAUGAGACUGGCGUUGAGGCUCUCGCCUCCUACGCGCGGAAGAAUGCCCAAGAAGCUGCAAAGCUUAAGAAGGUUGUGCACAAGCAUCCGGAUCUGAUCCACGGCUGCAUGUUUCCAGAGACGGAUGAAGACAUCAUCGUCGCUGUUAUUAUGCGAUUUCUCAACGACCACAUCUUCCAAAAAGUCCUCUACGGCUCUGCGUCCGGCUACACCGAUAUGGUGAGCUUUAUCGAGACACAGAUGCAGACCGCCGUUGAGCCCAAGAGAGACUUGUUUGCUGUUCGCACAUGGACCGCCGAGAGUUAUAAUGCCUUGAUGAGCGCUCCACAGUUCAGAAGUGUUCGCACUCGGCGCAGCAGAGAUUUGACUAUAGGCCUGGCAGAAGUGCUUCGCAUAUUUUGCAAAAAGGACAAACACGCCUGGUUUUACCAAAACACGGAAGAGCGCUGCAUCAAGCCCGCUAUGGCGCUCUACGAAAAGCUUCAGGUUGCUACACACCACUUCUAUCUCGAUAUCCAGCCCUACAUCUCAUGGAGCGGCAGCAACCACAUUGCCCAUUCACAAGAAUUCCACGAGUGCGUCGAGGAUCUUGACUGCAGAAACAUCCUGCAUAACAGAAAGGCCUUCAACAUGAACAAGAUGGACCCUCGACCUACAAAGGCCGAUAUCCACCGCAAUCUACUCAACGUGUGUACCGUGGUCCCCGCCCUUUACAUCCGCCAGAUCGGCCAGCGCGAUGCCAUCAAGGCGCCGUCGAUUGUACGCAAGCAGCAGAUGCUAGUAGCCUGGGGUUCUGAUGAAAAGAAGGACAAAUUCACCGAGGAGGGCGACGAGUCGCUGGUC